UUGAUAAAGUUGGGUUUAGUGCGCAUGCGUGCGGCUACAAAACUUUGCUAAUUAUCCAGUCUAGUGUCAAUAGUUGAAAACCACACGAAGAUGGAACUGAGUGGAUUCUGGAGAAAACAUUUCUAGUGCUGGUUACCGACGGAUCACUGACCACAAACUAACAUCAUCGAGAUAACUAGUAUUGAAUUUACUGCUCUUUGGAUUACGAAACUAGUCAACUUGUUGUAACAUUGUUGGACUACCUAUAUCAGUAAAGUGUACCACAACAUUCUUAUCUGUAUGGAGUUCACGGAUAUUUAGAUAAUGAAGAAUCGUGUUUACUCUACUUUAUUCUUUUUGCUGUUCUGGUUUGGAGUUCUGUUUUCAGUGGCAGAAGCAUUCCUGAUCAAGUCAAGAUAUGCAUGUCAAGGGGAUAAACUAAGAAUACGAUGCAAGUCGAGCCUAAUAAUCAGGAUUUUCUCGGCUAACUAUGGACGCACGGAGCCUGGGAGUUCCAUAUGUCCCAACGUCAAUACUACCUACACAACAUGCAAGUCUUCCAAGGCGAUGGAUAUCGUGACAAAUAGAUGCACUAACAAAGCAAGGUGUAACAUCAAGGCUGAUAGUACUAUGUUUCCUGACCCUUGUCCUAAUACGUUCAAAUAUCUGGAUGUCAUAUAUGGCUGUGUUCCAAGACCAGCAACCAUGACAACGGCAGCUCCUCGCAAACGUCAUAAACAUAAAACUAAACCACGUUACCAAGCAACAACAACAGCAGAAUGGCUAACAGACUAUGAGACAACAACACAAUCGACCACUACUAAAACACCUAUCAAAACAACAAUGAGCAUUACAACAUCACAGUCUACCUCUACUAGAAAAACUAUCAAAACACAAAUGAACAUUACGACAACAAUUGGAACAAACUUAUCUAUAGCUGCAUCACGAAAUCCUACUCCUUCAGCAGAAGUCAAAAAAACCAACGUAGAUCCUACUCCUACCUCAAUGCAUAGCACGACAUCACCACCUCCAAAACAAGCAAAGUCUGGCUACAUACAGCGAGGUGAGAAGGAAUUCUUGAUCAACCUGGUGGUUUCCCUGUACCUUACAUACGUCAUUCUCUCAGGACAACCUAAAUACGUAUUAGUAUUGUUUCUCUCUGGGGUGGCCAUCGCUACAGUCCUACUGCUCGUUCUUUUACUGGGCCUACAUCUAAAGGGAAGAAGAACUAAAAAAUUCGUAGUGCAACGUGAAGACGAGCUAGAACCGAAUGACGAGGCAGACGAUGAAAUAGAAGAAGAUGUCAGUGACGAUGAAAAUAAAAACAUUACCAUACAGAUUCAGGGAGAAGAUGAGGAGACGAAACAGAUAAGCGUAAAACCCGGUGAUAUUAUUAUUAUCGAUAGUAAAGAUAACGUAGACAACGACGACAGCGAAGACCUCGGAUAUAUGUCUGAAAUCGUUCGGUACUAUAAUAGUCGGAAUAUGGUGCAAGACGAUGGAAAGCAAUCACUUACAUGCGAAACACCAUCAGUCAACUCCAUUCCAAACAGCGAAGUUGGCGAUAAAAGAGAACCACAGUACGACGAUGUGCCGAAGGAUAACGGAGUAUGCGUCACCUAACGUCACCACUAUGUCUUAAUAAACAUGAUAAACACGUGAUUGAAACUAAUAUGCCAGUCCCACUGGUUAUCAUGACGUCACGAUCGAUCAUUUUACACAAAGCAACUACAUACGUCAUGAAAAAGUGACACGUCAAUAAUGAAGAUGCAAAAUAAACGGUUAUGGCUCUCAGUCGACCUACAGCUAAAACCUAUGCAAUAUUUUGUAGGGAAAAUGGUUAAAUGGUUUCCAUGCAUGACAACUCUUAACCAAAACAAUCGCUGUAAAUUAAACUGAGCUCAUUUUUCUUGAGUAAAAACCAUAAACCUAUUGUCCUGCUCCAGCAUAAUUCUCGCUUGAUCAUGAAUAUCAAAAGAAAGUCCUGCUAAGUACCUCUUUCAUCAGAGGACCCAAGGCUACCGCCUCAGGUAUCUUUGCGCCAUUCUCGUACCUAAACCCUAUUCAUUUCACUGAAAAUCGUACGAUUUGGCUAAUGAGUACUGUAGGGUCUGGGCACGAGAAUGUCGCGUAGUUGUCAACAAAAUGCCACAUAUAUCCAUCUUAUCUUAUUGGCUUUCGACAAGCUAUUUUAGAAUUUAAAAACGUGUGGUUUUUAGACUUGCUUCAACAGGUAGACAUAUGUAAGUUUCUGUUCGAAAACCUAAUCUCCAAAGUAUUCCGCCAGUACUCAGUAUCGAGGACUUAAACAACAAGAUGUUGAUUAGACUAAAGCAUGAUUUCUUAUUUCAUUAAGAUUUUCAUUUUUCAGAUUAUUUCAUUUGACAUACGAAAAACAACAGUUUAUUUCGAGCUCUGUUUCGGUAAUUCAGCAAGCAGGGCACGCAGGGGGUCAAAGUCCCCUCGUAGACGGCACCUCCUGGAUGCCGGCCACGCCCCCCACGCUACCGCCAACGAGCGUCGUCCUGAUGACUGAGUAAAUACCACAGGUAGCUAAUAGGCAACACCCUCACUCUUAUUGAGUUCAAGUGCUCAGUAUACUGAACAGACCACGGGCAAAGCUGUUAUGUUUGUUGAAUAAUAAGAUAAAAUUUAAUAUUACAAAUAGAAUAAAAAUUUUAAGAGUUUUUUGGCUUGCAUAGCUGGUGUUAGCCUCCUACGGGGACGUUCUUAGUGUCUGACCCUAAAAACCUCUGCGCAGGAGACUAAGCUGGUUCGCAUGCAGUUAAAUUAUCAAUCUGCAAAGUGCGCGUCGCGAGAACUGAAAGUUUUGAUUCCAUCAAUCUGCAUGUGCAUGUGAUAGCCAUACCUAUAGGACUUUUGUGGUGUUGUGACUUCGAUGUAAUCAUCGUCCGGACAUUGCCAAACUAGAAAUUCAAUAAUGGAGAAAGCUUGCGAUCGUAGCUAAGGGUAUCAAUUUGGAUGCUUUACCUCGCAGUCAGCCUCGAUUGAAUACUGUUUGACUAGUAAACCGGAAUUGGCCAAAGAAGUAUUCUUAUUCUCUACUUUCACAUCGCCAUAAUGCCUUGCGUCUUUGGGGGGUAACCAAUCAAAAAACUGUCCCAAAUUGAAAGGUUUCUUAAUUGAAUUUAUACUAUACCUGCUUUU